GCCUGUAAAUCCUCUAAAGGCGCAGCAAUCUCUUCAGUAUUUUGCAAUCUUCACGGACGAAAAAACCGACCUAAGAAGCUAACAACAAAAAACAAUCGUUAUAAAUAUCGAAUAGGUAAGAUUUCGGUACGAUCGGUUCCACGCUCUCCUUUGCCAAAGCUAACGAUGUCGAAGCGACAGUUAAUUUCAUCCGAAGAAGAUACAGAUAAGGGAAAAGUGGCCAAAAUCGGUGACACAGACCACGACGAAAACACAGCACACAACAACAUGGCUGUUGCAACUCCAGCAAAAACUGGCAAGCGAACGGAUUACCUUAGUUGGGAUGAAUACUUCAUGGCGGUCGCAUUUCUUUCGGCUCAAAGAAGCAAAGAUCCGAACUCCCAAGUAGGAGCCUGUGUGGUGAAUCCUGAAAGGAAAAUUGUUGGUAUUGGAUACAAUGGGAUGCCUAAUGGCUGCAGUGACGAUGAAUUACCUUGGGCGAGACAAGCAGAGAGCAAUCUAGAAACAAAAUAUCCUUAUGUUUGCCAUGCUGAACUGAAUGCCAUUCUGAAUAAGAAUGCUGCAGACAUUAAGGGCUGUAGCAUCUAUGUUGCCCUUUUUCCCUGCAAUGAGUGCACCAAGUUGAUCAUUCAAGCUGGAAUCAAGGAAGUCAUAUAUUAUUCUGAUAAGUACCAUGAUCAACCAAACUGCAAGGCAUCGAGGAGGCUACUCAAUAUGGCCAAGAUAACUUACAGACAAUUCAAACCAAGGAAAUGCCAGAUUGUGAUUGAUUUUACUAGUAUUGAUGGUUUUCCAUCAAAGCGAAGCUUGUCUGUUGCAUCACCCUAAUUACAGUUGUAUUUAUUUCAGAUUAGAAGUUUUUCAACUCUUUAAUUUUUUACACUUUUUUGAUUCUUGUUAACAUUGAGUUGUACUCAAACAUUUUCUUGAAAUUUUUACUUUGUAAAGUCUUAGUGAAACAUAAUAGACUAUGAACAGUUGUUCCUACACACAUUCUACACUUACAUAAUCCCAUGUGGAAAAACAAACAGCAUGUCUUUCUCAAUAGGCUUUUAGGGGGUUUCUGUGACAAACUCUCUAAAUUCUCAGCUUUAUAGGAUUUUCCAUGUUGACAAGCUAAAUCAUUGACACCUGAAAAAGCAUUUACAAUGAUCAGUGAGACCCUAUGGCUCUCUGUGUACUCAAGUCAUUGACAUGCAUGUGGUGAGUGAUUAAAUCUAUCCACACUUAACUGGAAAAAAAGGAUCAUCUGAACACCAAAGGUUUUUCAUGCAUAGCGAGAAAAGUGAAUCACUGAUUAAGUAUCAGUAUUAGCAGUAUUAGCUUUUUCUAUGAAGCUGAUGGGCCUCGUGGUUCAUGGAUCCUGCUUUUCAGGUGUCAACCUUUUGCAUUUUGGGUGUAAGUACAAUUUUCUGUCAGUUCCAACCAACAUACAGAGAUAAAUAGGGAUUUACCUCCAAACAUUGGAAGACUAUUUCUAAAAAAUUGAGGGUACACAGACUAAUUUCAGUCAAACUUUAUUAUAAUAUUGCAGUACCCAACAUAAUGCACUAUCUGUAAUAUUACAAAAGGACACAGAACUCCAGGCUCAGCACCUUUCAAAGUCACCAUUUUUUGACAAAAAAAUUUUUGCCACCUGAGAAAAAAAUUGUGAAAUAGUGCUUGACAUGCUGGACUGCUAGCCACACUGCUUGUCUUUGAAAACAGAAAGUUUAAUGGAAUUUUCUUUGAAACAUUACGUUUAACAUGGAUUUAUCUUACUUUAACUGAGAGCUACGAUUACUACAAUGUAGGGAAAUCAGGUCUUCAAAUUGGUAACUUUUGCAGAAAAUCUACCCACCAACAAUUUUUAUGCUCUCCAUGGUGACUUAAACCAUCACACAGCUUGGAGAGCUGUGACAUUGCAAAGACUACAAGGAGUUGCUUCAGUGUAAACUAUCAGCUAAGAAUGGCCUAGCACUGAAUCUAAACUGAACAGUUCUUCUCUUUACCAACACUUUCAGUUGCACCACAUAACAUGGUGAA